GAGGGAUGAAUUUCCACCUCUCUACAUUCGCAGUUUCACUGAAGAUUCGGUUUAGAACGUGCGCGUCAAAUUUCAUCUCGAAAUCGAUUAAUUAAAAGCCCUCACGAAUUUUCGAAAACGGCCCAAGCCGUUUCGAUCGAUUUUUGGCGUAAGCUUUCAGUGAUUCGAGAAACGAUGGCCGGGUGUGUGCUUUAGACUGCUGUUUAUGGCAACAAAUCUGCCGAGGAUUUUGACAGGACCCACCCCUUGCUCUUUUCAAACGAGUUGAAUAAAUUGCGCUGCAAUGUCGAGCUAUAAGAGAAGAGACUUUACGGAAAGGGUGUAAACGACCACCCUCGCACCCUCUGCGCCAUCCACGGAAGAAUGAAACGAGAUUUCGAUAAACCCUACGGGGACGUUGUCAAAUUUUGCCUACUCUUAGGAUGUCUAGUCAGCUGCGUACGAUGUGCUGGAGAAGCGACCUCGAAUCCGUUAAUAACAGCACCACCGCACCGCGGUGCCGCCCGCCAAAUGUACGGCUCGGGGUCGCUGCGACCCCCUGGCACAAAGCCAAUCUACGCCACUGGCCAAAGACAACACGGUGUUAGAACCACAAUCAGUCCAGACCAAAUAAAUCCAAGACGAAUUUUUCUACCGCCGCUUCAGUCGUACCCCAUCGUGCCGUACCCCAUACCCAUGCGGGAGUACGACCGGUACUCGGGGUACCCCAUUUUUAAUUAUAAGGAUUUCUUAUCGAGUUUACCGUCGUCGAGUAACAUGGACCGGCCGUCAAAUAGGGGUAUGUACGGCGGCCGGUUGGAGUACUCCGAAGGACGACCCAAUCACGGUCUAGUCAGGACGCGCUACCCCUUUGACUACGGGUUCAUCCCCGGCAGAGGGCUACCCCCGGACCCCAGCCCCCGCCGCCUGGGCCGCUUCCCGAGCAAGAGCGGGUUUUUGAAUAAAAAUAACGACAUGAAGCUGAAGUUCCCCGAAGAAGACGACGAGAAACAGUUGGAGGAAACCUACGGACACCCGUGUGGGGAGGGGUGCGCUCCGGGGCAGUUUUUAUGUGUAGCAAGUUGUAUUUGUAUAAAUGAGAAAAACAGGUGUGAUGGACAGGAAGAUUGUGAUAACGAAGAAGAUGAGUUAGAAUGUGGUGAAAUUGAAUCGCAGCGAAAUGCCAAAUGUGAGGCUAAUGAGAAUUUUAUACGUUGUCCGGGAUCCGGGAAGUGUAUUUUGAGAAGUUGGUUGUGUGAUGGUGACGAUGAUUGCGGCGACUUUUCAGACGAAACGCAUUGUGGUUAUACGGUAAACUGCAGUUCCGACCAAUUCGAAUGUGCCAACGGCCUAUGUAUACCAAAGACAUGGCUUUGUGAUAACGACAACGACUGUAAGGAUUUUUCGGACGAAUUGAACUGCACGAAAACAGCCGGAUGCUCCGAGGACGAGUUUGAAUGCAGCGACGAGUCUUGUAUUUCUCUGAGCUGGAAGUGCGACCGUCAAGUCGAUUGCUCUGACGGUUCAGACGAACGUGAUUGUGACAUAACACCACCCUACUGCAACGAAGGCGAAUUUGAGUGUGCCUCCAAGCAAUGCAUCAAAUUAAAGUUCAAAUGCGACGGCGACAAAGACUGUGAUGACUGGAGCGAUGAGGACGACUGCGGAAAAGCCCCCGGAAAUUGCGUUUCAGGCGAAUUCAAGUGCAACAGCGGCAAAUGCAUCCCUGAGAGGUACCGAUGUGAUAAGCAACAAGACUGUGAAGAAAAAGAAGACGAAGCGAAUUGUGAUUAUUCUCUCGCGAGGUCGUGUUCGCCCGACGAACACACUUGCAGCAAUGGUGCUUGUAUUUUGAAAACGUGGGUCUGUGAUGGCUACAAUGACUGUCCACAAGGCGAAGACGAAUCCAAAUGCGAGAUAGUCUGCGACGAGUCGAAAUUCUCCUGCAGUGGGCACGGAAUCAACGACACUGCGACUGAGUUUUGCAUCAGCAGGAAACACGUGUGUGAUGGCAAAAAGGACUGUCCGAAGGGCGAGGACGAAAGUGGGUGUCCCACGAAACGAGAGUGUGAAAAGCACACGAAUUGUACCCAACUGUGCAUCACCACAGUCGAUGGGAGGAAAGGCUGUGACUGUAUACCUGGCUACAAGAUCGCCUCUGAUGGAAUAACGUGUGAAGACAUCAAUGAGUGUUUAUACGCAACGGAUCCGGUGUGUUCCCAGACUUGUAACAACACUCAAGGGAGUUUCAGGUGUGGUUGUAUGACGGGGUAUGUGCUACGACCCGACCUGAGAACUUGCAAGGCCAUUGGUGACCCCCCGACUCUCCUAUUUGCCAACCGAAUUGACAUCAGACAGGUGUCGUUACAGGUGUCUCUGAGCAACGCUAAGUACACCCCGAUUUUGAAAGGGCUCCACAAUGCCAUAGCCCUUGACUACCACUACGACAAAAAGCUGAUUUUUUGGUCGGACGUCUCAAUGGACGUUAUCAGACGAGCCACAAUGAACGGCACUGAAAUCACCGAUAUAAUCAAAUGGGGGCUCCAAUCCCCCGGCGGUGUGGCCUUGGACUGGAUCCACGACCUGAUUUUCUGGACUGACUCGGGGACUCGCCGCAUUGAAGUCGCGAGUUUGGACGGCAAACACAGGGCGAUCAUCGCCGGGAACGACAUCGACAAACCCCGGGCUAUAACAGUCCAUCCUGGAGAAGCCUACGUCUUCUGGACCGACUGGGGCCCAAACCCGAAAAUCGAACGCGCAGAAAUGGACGGAAGCAACCGCAGAAGCAUCAUAAACGAGUCCGUUUUCUGGCCAAACGGCCUCACGCUGGACUACACCUCCAACCGGAUCUACUGGGCCGAUGCCAAACACAACGUGAUUGAAACAGCGCUGUUCAAUGGAAACGAUCGACGAAAAGUGAUCAGUAAGGGACUACCGCACCCUUUCGCCCUCACUAUCUUCGAAGAUGCGAUUUACUGGACGGACUGGCACACGAAGUCGAUUUCGACGGCGAAUAAAGCCACAGGGGCCGGUUUAAGGACCAUCCACUCGCAUCUUCACUUUCCGAUGGAUAUUCACAGUUACCAUCCGCAAAGACAGCCGAAAUACUCCAACAGGUGUGGCGGCAACAACGGAGGAUGUGCCCACUUGUGUCUACCGAACCGCAAAUCCUACACGUGCGUGUGCCGCAUGGGCCAAAAGUUGAAAUCUGAUAAGAAAUCCUGCCAAAAACCCGAGAAGUUGCUCAUUUUUGCGCGCAAAAAGGACCUGAGGAUCAAGCAUUUGGAUAACAAUGCCGUGCAUCAACACUCACUGGUGAUUCCCCUGGACGGGGUGAAAUCGGCAGUGGCCAUUGCCUGGGAUUCCGAAAGUGAUUACAUUUUCUGGACGGACGUGGAACGUGACACUAUUAAUCGUGCGCUCUGGAACGGUUCCAAUCAAGAAGUUAUCGUAUACUCCAAUAUCGUUACACCGGCCGGUCUGGCUCUGGAUUGGCUAACUAAUAAAAUUUAUUGGACGGAUGCUGAUACUACACGAAUUGAAGUGGCGAAAACCAACGGGGAGAUGAGGAGUCUCCUUGUCUGGGACAACUUGUACAAGCCGAGAGACAUCGUCGUUGACCCUAUUGGUGGCUACAUGUAUUGGUCAGACUGGGCGGAAACGCCGAAAAUCGAACGCGCUGCCAUGGAUGGGACCAUGCGGUCGGUGAUUGUGAGCAGUAACUUGACCUGGCCCAAUGGACUAGCCAUUGACCACAGUGCUGGCAAAAUCUACUGGGCUGAUGGCGGUACUAAAGCGAUCGAGUGUUCCAAUUUCGACGGUUCAAAGCGCAAAACCAUCAUAGAAGGUCCAGAACUGCCCCAUCCUUUUGGACUUGACGUUUUCGAAAACUACAUUUACUGGACUGACUGGCGCACCCUCACAAUCGAAAGAGCCAACAAGAACACCGGCUUGAACCGAACGGUCUUAGCGUCAGACAUAACCGAUUUAAUGGACGUCCGUGUGUUUCACCGGAACCGCAAAAUGAUCAAAACUCCGUGCGGCACCAAAAACGGGGGCUGCACCCAUUUGUGUCUCCUCAAGCCGAAAAAUAACCACACUUGCGCUUGCCCUACCGGCAUCAAACUGGAGGAAGACGGCAAGACUUGUGCCAACGGUCCGAUUAACUUCCUAAUCCUGGCUCACAGGAACGUAAUCAGACAAAUAUCGCUUGAUGUUCCCUACAUUGCUGAUGUGGUGUUACCCCUACCCCCUCUCAAACUCGUGACUUCGGUUGACGUUGACCGGAAAACUGGCGAGAUCUACUGGAUCGACCAGGCCGAGGACGUGAUCCAGAAAAGCACCCGCGACGGCCAAAACUCCAAACUCAUCAUCAUGCACAAGUUGCAAACGCCGGAAGGAAUCGCAGUUGAUUCCACCGGUCGCAAGAUUUACUGGACCGACGGCGAACGCAACAGUGUCGAAGUGGCGGAGCUCGACGGCUCAAACCGCAAAGUACUUUUCAGUACUAACCUAGACAACCCCCGAGCUAUCACCCUCCACUACCACCACGGACUCAUGUUUUGGUCCGACUGGGGCAAAAAGGCCAAAAUUGAGGUGGCGCAAAUGGACGGAACUAAGCGAAAAGCUUUGAUAACUGACGGGUUAGUGUGGCCAAAUGGGUUAGCCAUCGAUCGGCCCACUGAACGACUUUACUGGAACGACGCCAAGUUGCAUACGAUUGAAUCGAGUGAUUUGAAAGGACACGACCGGAAGAUCAUUGUGACUGAAGCCCCGCACCCAUAUGGGCUAGUCGUUGUGGGGAACCACAUUUACUGGACGGAUUGGCAAACGCAAGCUUUGCACCGCGCUGAUAAAACCAAUGGGACUGACAAGGCGAAGAUCCGGGAGAAGUUGGAUGGGUUGAUGGACGUGCGCUCCGUCCAGAGUGACAAUAUUGCGGAAAAUGCCUGUGGGGGCAACAACGGGGGUUGCUCCCACUUGUGCCUCCGCAAUUCCGGCGGUUUCAGCUGCGCCUGCCCCACCGGCAUCAAAAUGUCGAAAGCUAACCCAAAAGUGUGUGAAAAACAACCAUCGACAUAUCUCCUUCUAGCCACUCGUUUUGCAUUGAACCGAAUUAGUCUUGACACUGACGAUCUCUGGGACGUAACACUCCCCAUUGAAGACGUCAACAAUGUGAUUGAUGUUGAUUUUCAUUGGGAAAAACGCCUGAUUUAUUACACCGAUAUUGGGAACAACGUGAUCCAAAGCGUGAACAUGUUCAAUCUAUCCGAUACCAGGAACAUAGUCCAUUCCAACUUAUCAUCCCCUGAUGGGAUCGCAGUUGAUUGGGUGGCCAACAACAUCUACUGGACCAACACCGGGAACAAAGUGAUCGAAGUGGCGAAAAUCGACGGAAGCAAUCGCAAAACCAUCGUCUCGACCAAUCUGCAGGACCCGCGCUCGAUUGCAGUGUUCCCCCGGAAAGGCUAUCUCUACUGGACCGACUGGGGGAAACCAAAAAUCGAACGCUCGUUCCUUGACGGCUCCGGCCGAAGGAUUUUGAUCAACGAACAGUUGAGUUUCCCGAUCGGACUUGCGAUUGAUUUCGUUGACAAACGCCUCUAUUGGAUUGACGCGACACUCAACGAGGAACGAAUAGAGACUUCCGACCUACAUGGUCGCAAUAGAGUCGUCCUAGAUAUACCACAAACCCACCCGUUUUCCCUGACCCAGUUCGGGGAACACAUUUAUUGGACCGACUGGGUCCACAAAACAGUCGCCCGAGCUGAUAAAACAUCAGGGAAAGACGUGGUAAUCGUACGCUCGUAUCUGGAAGCCGCCAUGGGUGUGACAAUGGUUACGGAAAGCCGCCAGACGGGUUGGAAUCCUUGCGCUGCCAACAACGGGGGAUGCCCCUAUUUGUGCUUCUUCAAACAGAAGAAUUACACUUGUGGGUGUCCCAACGACCACGUUAAAUGUGUAGAAGGCGAACCCAAAAACCCAGUCCCGAAUAAGUGUCCCAGUGGUUCCUACAAGUGUGAUUAUGACGACGAUGACGACGAGGAUUUGUACAACCCGAGUAACGUGCGAGAUUUGGACGAAACCCCGGAACAAUCAAGCGGUGAACACUGGAACCGGUUCUACAUAAUGACUCUGGUGCCAAUGCUUUGUAUAAUCCUAUUAUGCAUAAUUUUGGUGGCGUUUUUGCUUUUCAAAAAAGGGAAGAAGAAGUAUUUGUAUGCAACUGGGCGAAGUUUCUCCAACCCGAACUAUUACUCCUCCGGGAACGAACCGGGAGUCGCUGCCGCGUCCGGUGACCGCAAGCAAUUCAUUUGGAAGAAAUUAAAAUACGACAAGUCACAAGAACGGGUUUAUGAGGAAACGGCUGGGACGAACAGUCCCGAAAUAGCAAGUCUCAUUCCGACAAUUUUAACUCCUUGCAGCUCCAACUGCGAAACUGUUACUCCAGAAUUGGAACGGUCCCCGUCAGUAACACCACUCCACAAAAUCGAAAUGGUUCAAGCGCUCCAGGCUGAUGCUUAAAGCGAGCAUACAUAGUCACCUAUUAAAUUAAAAACGAAUAAAAACAGAAACUUGCAAUUUAACUGCACUAUUGUUGUAAAUAAUAAUUUAAAAAAAGAGAGGAAAUUGUCAAAUUAAGGUGACUGACAAUAAAACCACGUUUAUAAUAGUUCAAUUUGCCGAUAAACAAAUGUAUAACACUUGCGGUAAGUAAUUAUGUGCCAAAGAAACCAGAAAGAUUACAAAAAAUUUACUUAAUGGUUGCCAAAAUGGGUCAGGUGGGACACAAUCCGGUACAUCCCUUUAAUUUUCGGGUGGUGAAUCAAGUAAAUUCAUUGUGGUCUUUGACAAUGCGAAAAUUUUGUAUUUUUCUACAAUUUGACUAAUUUUUCUUGUUUUUGGAGAACUUAAAGUCCCGAGAAACUGAGAUAUUUUAUUAUUAUAGCACGGUUAGAGAUACUACCUAUAACAAUAACGUUUCAUUUGUUAUUCAUAUAUUUAUGGAGAGGCUAAUUGUUAAAUUUUAUCGUUUGUUACUUUGUCAAAGAUAAGAUUCACUUUACUUUUUUAUAAAGAUAUAUGAGUGUACUUAACUAUUCCAAUAGAUGUUACAUAUCUCGUUAAAAAGGGCAAGUUGUUUAUAAAAGAAAACUAUAAUUGUUUUUCCGUUUGUGAGACAAUUAAACUGUUCUGUAUGUAACUUCAUAUCAUGUCGCUCAGCAUUUUCCGUUGAAAUGAAAGAAAAAAUGACACCCAAACCCUUCUCAUAUGUACUUAUGAAUGAAUGGUAAGAAACUUAGAGUAAUAUUUUUUUAUAAAUAGUAUGCUGGUGUUUACAAACUAAGACUGACUGAUAGGAUUUGUUAACCAAGUAAUCAAAACAAAUUGUACUUAAAUAUUUUGUACGCGAUACAAAAUAUUUAAAUAUAUUUUUCUGUAUGAAGCAAGGUAUGUGUGUUACUGAGGAAAAAGUUGACACUAUAUAUAUUUAAAAAACAAACAUAUUCAUAAAGUUGAACCGCAUAGGGCUCAAGGCGAUUUAACUCAAAUGAAUAUUUUGUGAUAGGACGAUUCAUAACGAAGAGUUAAAUUUUGUAAAUGUAAUUCGUUAGGCGUAAUCAUCUUCCAUUGUAAAUAAGGAAUUCAAAAUCAACGGACUUGUUUAUUUUCAAUUCCUGUUACGAUAAAUCCAUCAAUAUUAAAUUUUAGCUCAAUAAUAAUACUAAUAAAUAAUAAACAAACGAACUGGCUCAAAAAUGAUUUACUAAUAACAACAAUUAUACAACCUGUCUUUGUUUCGUUUAUAGAGAAACGUCUAAGGAGAGAUUAUAUCUGAUUACGAAAAAUUAAUAUUGUUAUAUUCUGUUGUACGAACCAUUACAAUAUUAAUAACUCAGUAAGUAGAUAUGUUCUAAAUCAAUGUUUUAAACUGUAAGACAUAAUGUUUAGCCAUUAUUUAUGUUUAUACCUAUAAGUCAUGCAAUCUAUAGAUUCAUGAAUCUUGUCGAGCCUCCGGUGAGAAACAUGAUAAUAAACGAUGUAUUUUAAAUGUU